ACUGAAACCAAAAAUGAAAACGGUGACUUUCAACUAAAAAAAAUUAAAUAAAAAUAUUAUGGUGAUGUAUCUCCUUCAAUUUCCCUCUCUCUCUCUCUCAAUUCUCACAGAAAAGAAAGUUGAAGAAUUACUAUUACUCUGAAAAAAAAAAAUUAGAACAUGAAAUUAUCCCUCCGUACAUAACAUGACACCAUUCCAUUCCAUGCUAUCUUUCUCCUCCUCUCCUCUUCAAGAUUGGAUUUUCUUGGUGUAAUCGUCAAAUUUCCGCAACAAAGUCCAGCAAAGAAAAGAGCAAUAAAUUCUAGGAGGCAAUGAGGUGUUUCCAUUUCUACAUUGGAGAGAGAAAGGAAGAGCCAAAGACCCGAAAGCCUAAUCCAGCGCGUCCCUCAGUUACUGGUCGUGAACCGGGGGAAUCUGGCCUUGAGUCGAGCGGACACAGCCGGACCCCUAAUUUGCACGAGAGACCUAGUAAUCUCAAGGUUUUUACCCUCUUGGAGCUUAAGCAAAUAACUAGAAAUUUUAGCAAUAGUGCUAAGCUUGGGGAGGGUGGAUUCGGGUGUGUUUUUAAGGGCGUUAUCAAGAGCUCGGAAGAUCCGGCCAAGAAGAUUAACGCGGCUAUAAAACAACUCGGUAAACAAGGACAACAGGGUCACAAAGAGUGGAUCACGGAGGUGAACCUUCUCGGUGUUGUUGACCAUCCGAAUCUCGUGAAACUGAUUGGAUACUGCGCGGAGGAUGACGAGAGGGGAAUUGAACGGCUUCUCAUUUACGAGUAUAUGCCUAAUGGAAGCGUGUUCGACCAUCUAUCAAGAUCCACCGAGUCUCUCCCCUGGGCUACGAGGCUGAGGGUUGCCCUAGACGCUGCUCGUGGCCUGGCCUACUUGCACGAGGAAAUGGAUUUUCAGAUCAUCUUCAGGGACUUCAAAUCGUCGAACAUUCUCCUAGACGAGGAGUGGAACGCCAAGCUCUCGGACUUUGGAUUAGCCCGGUUGGGCCCUCCGGAAGGACGAACACACGUCUCAACCGCGGUGGUCGGAACUAUGGGGUACGCCGCGCCUGAAUACGUCAGGACCGGCCAUCUCACGUCGAAGAGCGAUGUGUGGAGCUACGGGGUGUUCCUAUACGAGCUCAUCACGGGGAGGCGGCCGUUGGAACGGAACCGCCCCAAGAAAGAGCAGAAGCUCUUGGAGUGGAUCAGACCACACCUAUCCGAUGCCAGGAAGUUCGAGCAGAUAUUGGAUCCAAGGCUUGAUGGGAAGCUGAUCCUUAAAUCGGCUAUGAAGCUCUCGAUAGUCGCGAACCGUUGCUUGCUCCGUGCCGCGAAAACACGGCCCAAGAUGAGCGACGUCACGGAAAUGGUCCGUGAAGUCGUCGAGGCAAGCAUAGCCGAUGUUCCACCAACUUUCAAGCUUAAUUUGCCGACGAGAAGCGUCGCAGGCACCGUUACUAUGAGAACGCGCGACCGGGCUCGUCCCACCCGACCCCGGUCGCGGAAUCUGGUCAAGACUUAUUAAUCCAACUCUCAAACUUACAUAACAUAAAAAAUUGUGUAAGAUCGUCAAGAUUGAUCAGAUAUAUAAUAUUUUUUAUAUUUAUAAUAUUUGAAUUCGAAUUUUGACCGGUUAAA